AUGCUGUCACAAAACACCGGCAUGAUCGUCAACGGCGCCCCCAAGUCUCGCGCGGAGGAACUCCUGGCCAGACACGAGAAGGAGGCUGCCCAGGGGCCCACGGUCGAGGACGUCGUCGACGAAGAGGAUGUCCUGCACCCCCCGCCCUCCAUGGCCAAGGACACCGCCGUCCCCGCUGCUUCGCCCGCUGCCACUGCUGCCGCCACCACCGCUGGUGCUGCUGGUGCUGCUGGUGCUGCUGGUACUGCCGGUACUACUGGUACAGAGCAGAAACCGGUGAAGAAGCCCGCUCUCGAUGUCCAGUCCGAAGAGUCCUUCCCCGCCCUGGGAGGUGGCCCGAAGUCGUCUCGUCCCUCUGCCGUCCCAAUGGCAUGGGGGAGCAGUAAACCCAAGUCCUCGACCGCCUCUGGAGCUGGUAGCGCUGCCGCAACGCCGCCGCUCGCUCCGGUGGCCAACGGUCGACGGCCAGACCAGACGGCCGGCUCGGCUCCACGACAGCUCGUCAUUCCGGGCAAGCAUGUCGACCAAUUCCGCUUUGAUUCCUCGCAGAUGAUCCCCCGUGCACAGCUCAAGAAGCCCAUCUCGGACAUUCUGCGGGACAUCAGCAAGAAGUCAAAGGUCCGUCUCGAGGUCCGUGAGGGCCCCGGAGGUGGUUACAUCUUCGAAGGCACCGGCAACGUCGAUGCCGUUCGUCAGGCCCUGAAGGAGGUCGCACAGCAGGUUGGCAGCAAGAAAUCUGUCAAGGUGCCGGUUCCGGCCUCGGCGAGGCCACACAUCAUCGGCCGCCAGGGUGCCGUCAUUCAAGGCAUCUUCGACCGCACAGGCGCUCGCAUCUCGGUCCCCAAGCCCGACGAGUCGAAACCACUCGACGAUGACGAUGAAGACAACACGAUCGACAUCCUCAUCGAAGGUGACGCCCUCGCCGCCGAGAUGGCCCGUCGAGAGGUCGAGGCCCGUGUCAAGGAGCGUACCUCAAACGUCAACCUCCGGCUCAAGACCGUUGCCCCAGAACUCUUCCCCUUCAUCGCCGGGCCACACAACGAGUCUAUCAGCAGACUCGAGGAGCUCACCAAGACCCAGAUCAGGGUGCCUCGAUACUAUACCUGGGGCCACCGUCCGCCUCCCCAGGAACCCACCACCCCUGCAGGGCCAGUGACAUACACGCCCGACCCUGAUCAGCACAUCCUCAUCGUUGGUGAACGGCUCGCCGCGCAGGAAGCCCGUGCCCAGAUCGAACGGAGGGCGCAGGAGCUGCAGCGACGCAUCACCCUACGUCACCUCGCCAUCAACCGCGGACAGCACCAGUUCAUUCUCGGCGACAAGGGGGAUUCUCUGCAUGACUUCCUUGCCUCGACCGGAUGUGCCAUCGUCCUCCCUCCUCCAUCGGACGAUACUGAGUUUCUCACUGUCACUGGCCCGGCUGAGAACAUCGAUGCCGGUAUCAACCGCGCCAUGGACUUGGCUACCAGCAUGCAGAUGGCCAACAUUGACGUCUCACGCCAGCACCCCAACGCCCCCUGCGGCUCGGAUGUGCAUGCUCGAGCUCUGACGGCCUACCUUCAACAGAGACACAUCAUGAAUCUGAUACAAGCCCUUCCUCCGUCCAAGCUGGCCACUGUACCCAUUGAUCCUUACCUGCAUGGAUACCUCCGUUCGCGUGGCAUGCCAAAGCUAAAGGAGGAUUACGGCGUACACCUUGUCGUUCCUGAAACCGUUGGUGCAUCCGAUAGGCCUGUCAACGUAGUUCUCGCCUACGAGGGUCCAGAGGAAGUCAAUGCCCAGAGCCCGUGUCUGAGACGACGUCCCUCUAGCGAGGAAGCCGUUGUUUUCCAGAAAGCCCUGCGUGAGGCCACGGAGUAUUUGAGAAGCGUGCUGGGUGAUCCCAACGACGUUGCCUCCGAAUCAGUCCCCAUUCCAGUCAAAUACCAUGACAGACUUCGCCGUUUUGUCACCCAGGAUCAGGCCAGCCGGGGCGAAACUCACAUCCCCGUUAGCCUCGCGCUAAACGAUAACAACGCUUGCUUCCGCGGCCGUAGCGCCGACGUGGCCAGCCUGGUAGCGAAGCUGUCCACCUUCGUGGCCGAUCAGGAGCGUGACGACCGUGAACGCAACCACGUAACCAGCUUUGAUUUCCCCCAGAAAUACGCCAACUUCCUCAUCGGCAAGCGGGGUGAAAACAUCAACAAGCUCCGUGAAGAGUUCGACGUAGAUAUUAAAGUUGAAAACGGCAAGGUUGACAUCAAGGGACCCCCUGCCAAGGGUGAAGCCGCAAAGGCACGUAUCAUCGCCCUGGCGAAAAAGCUUGAAGACGAAGCUACGUAUGUUCUCAAGAUCGCACCGCAGUACCAUCGCGACCUUAUCGGCCAGAAGGGAAGCCAAGUCAACCGUUUGCAGGAACGGUAUAACGUUCGUGUCCAGUUCCCGCGGGCAAACAACAGCGCCGUUGCAGACGACGUAUCAAUCGCUGACGGAAGCGAAGCCGGUGCUCCUACCAAUGGUAACGGUAACGGCAACAGCCGCUCUCGCCCUCCCCAGGCUGCUGACGAGGUGAUUAUCCGUGGACCCAAGAAGGGAGCUGACAGCACUCGCGAUGAAAUCCUCUCCCUCUACCAAUGGCUCGUAGACCAUUCUCACUCUGCGGUUGUUUCUGUGGCGCGCGACCAAAUACCAUCGCUUAUUGGCCAGCGAGGUCGCGAGAUGGAUAAAUUCCGUGCCGAGACGGGUGCUCAGAUUGAUAUCCCUGGCCCUGAGGCCGGUGAGGGCGAUGCUAGAGUUGAGAUACGCCUUAAGGGAACCAAGAAGCAGGUCGAAGAUGCGAAGAAGCUGCUGCUAGCUAGAGCUAGGGAGUUCGAUGAAACUGUUACCCGCACCAUUGAGGUUGAUAAGAAACACCACAAGGCUCUCAUCGGUGGUGGCGGUGCUAACAUCCGCAAACUAAUCGUUGAAUGCGGCGGACCAGACGACAGCACCGCCUCUCGUGUCGUCAAGUUCCCUCGUGCCGAAAGUGAUGAGACAACGAUCAAGCUUGAAGGCAAAGAAGCUGUGGUAACCAACCUCAUCAAGGCAAUUGAAGAGUUUGUUCGCCAAAAGGAAGACCAAGUCACUGUCUCGCUGGAUGUUCCACAGGCACAGCACCGCCUCCUCAUCGGCCGUGGAGGUGAUACCCGCCGCCAACUCGAAGCCCAGUUCAACGUGAUUGUAGACGUGCCUAAGCAAGGUACAAACCGCACGGAUGUCAAGAUCAAGGGCCCCUCCGCCUCCGUCGAGGAAGCCAAAGCACACAUCCAAGCCAUGCUAAAGGACCAGCAAGGCGAAACCGUCGAGGUACCCAGACACUUGCACCACAUCAUCUCUGACAACGGUGCAUUCUUCCGUCAACUCCGCAACAACCACCAGGUCACUGUCGAUCACGCAGGCCACAAAAUACCUGCCCGUCCUACCCCAGCCGCGUCCGAAUCCCGCGCCGACUCAACCUCCCUCCCUCUCAUCACCGACUCCGCCGACACCCCCAUCGACACCUUCUCCUGGAAAGUCGUGGAGCCCGGCACCGCCGCUCCAUCAGACUCUUCCGAGCCCACAGUCAUCCCCUGGGUUCUCUCCGGCUCCCCAGAGAACGUCGCAAAGGCCAAAGCCCUCCUCACCGCCGCCAUCCAAUCUGCCUCCCAACCAAGUUGCACCGGCUACUUGAUCCUCCCCGACCCAAAGACGUACCGUUUCGUCGUCGGAACGGGAGGAAGCCAAAUCAACUCCAUCCGCGCCCGCACCGGAUGCAGAAUCAACGUUCCAAAAGGCCAGUCCAGCAGCGAAGCAAUUGAAGUCAAGGGCUCAAAGGAAAACCUAGAGCUCGCCAAGGAGAUGAUCCUCGAGGCCGUUAAGACCGGUCUAGCAGGCGCUGGAUCCAGGAGGUCGUAA